AGCAUCCUCGUGACGUGGACGAAGGGGUUUAAAUGCAGCGGCGUGGAGGGGAGGGACGUGGUGUCGAUGCUGCGCAAGUCCAUCAAGAAAAGAGGGGACUUUGACAUCGACAUCGUGGCUGUGGUGAACGACACCGUUGGCACCAUGAUGACGUGUGGCUACGACGAUCAUAACUGUGAAGUUGGCCUCAUCGUUGGUACCGGUACCAACGCCUGUUACAUGGAGGAGAUGAGGCACAUUGACCUGGUGGAAGGGGACGAAGGUCGGAUGUGCAUCAACAUGGAGUGGGGGGCCUUCGGUGACGACGGCGCGCUCAACGACAUCCGGACGGAGUUCGACCGCGAGAUAGACAUGGGCUCGCUCAACCCUGGCAAACAAUUGUUUGAGAAGAUGAUCAGUGGGAUGUACAUGGGAGAACUGGUCAGACUCAUCCUGGUAAAGAUGGCCAAGGAAGGGCUUCUCUUUGGAGGAACACUCACACCAGAUCUGCUCACCACCGGCCACUUUGAGACUAGAUACGUCUCUGCUAUUGAGAAGGACAAAGAAGGGCUGCAGAAAGCCCACGAGAUCCUCACCAAGCUGGGCCUGGAGCCGUCUCAUGAAGACUGUGUGCCCCCCCACCGUGUCUGCCAGAUCGUCCCCCCCCGCUCGGCCAACCUGUGCGGGGCCACCCUGGCCGCCGUGCUGCGACGCAUCAAGGAGAACAAGGGGGUGGACCGGCUGCGGUCCACGGUCGGGGUGGAUGGCUCUGUCUACAAGAAACAUCCUCACUUUGCCCGGCGCCUCCAUAAGACAGUGCGGAAGCUGCUGCCGGACUGCGAGAUCCGUGAGGAAGGACUUGCCAAAGGGGCAGCCAUGGUGACAGCGGUGGCCUACAGACUGGCCGCCCAGCAUAAGGCACGGCAGAAUAUUUUGGAGGCGCUCAAGCUGAGCCACGAGAAGCUCCUGGAGGUGAAGCAAAGGAUGAGGAUAGAGAUGGAGAAGGGGCUGGGCAAGGAGACGCACUCAGCGGCGACGGUGAAAAUGCUGCCCACCUACGUGUGCUCAACUCCAGAUGGGACAGAAAAAGGCGAUUUCCUCGCCCUGGACCUGGGAGGCACCAACUUCCGCGUGCUGCUGGUGCGCGUGAGGAGCGGGAUGAGGCGCGGCGUCGAGAUGCACAACAAGAUCUACUCCAUCCCAGUGGAGAUCAUGCAGGGGACGGGAGAGGAGCUCUUUGACCACAUCGUCCACUGCAUCUCCGACUUUCUGGAAUACAUGGGAAUGAAGGGUGUAUCGCUCCCGCUUGGAUUCACGUUCUCCUUCCCUUGCCAGCAGACCAACCUGGAUGAGGGCAUUCUCCUGAAGUGGACAAAAGGUUUCAAGGCGACCGGCUGUGAAGGAGAAGACGUGGUGAACCUGCUGAAGGAGGCAAUUCACAGGAGAGGGGAAUUCGACCUGGACGUGGUCGCGGUGAUAAACGACACAGUUGGCACCAUGAUGAGCUGUGGGUACGAAGAUCCGUAUUGCGAAGUUGGGCUGAUAGUCGGCACGGGCAGCAACGCCUGUUACAUGGAGGAGAUGAGGAACGUGGAGCUGGUGGAAGGGGAGGAGGGCAGGAUGUGCAUCAACAUGGAGUGGGGGGCGUUCGGUGACAGCGGGUGCUUGGAUGACAUUCAGACGGAGUUUGACUUGGCGGUGGACGAGCUGUCCCUCAACCCUGGGAAGCAAAGGUUUGAGAAGAUGAUCAGCGGGAUGUACCUGGGGGAGAUCGUCCGAAACAUUCUGAUGGAUUUCACCAAGCGAGGGCUGCUCUUCCGGGGACGGAUCUCGGAGAGGCUGAAGACCAGAGGGAUCUUUGAGACCAAGUUCCUGUCCCAGAUAGAAAGUGACUGCCUGGCCCUGCUCCAAGUCCGCUCCAUCCUCCAGCACCUCGGCCUGGAGAGCACGUGUGACGACAGCAUCAUCGUGAAGGAGGUGUGCACGGUGGUGGCCCGGCGGGCGGCUCAGCUCUGCGGCGCCGGCAUGGCAGCCGUGGUGGAUAAGAUCCGGGAGAACCGCGGGCUGGACUUCCUCAAGGUCACGGUCGGCGUGGAUGGAACGCUCUACAAGCUGCACCCUCACUUCUCCACCAUCAUGCACGAAACAGUGAAGCAGUUGUCUCCGAAGUGCGAAGUGACCUUCCUCCAGUCGGAAGACGGCAGCGGCAAGGGCGCAGCGCUCAUCACGGCGGUGGCCUGCCGGAUCCGGGAAGCUGGCCAGCGAUAGAAGGAAGGAGGUUUGCAGAAGAGCUUGGUUUCAGCAAAACAGGACGUUUCCCCACCCGGUCCCUCCUUCCCUCCCUCCGUACACACACACAC